UACUGUGAUGCUGAAAAUGUGAAUUCAGUUGGUUGUUUUCCCCACAGGUGCUGACAGUGUGUCCUCAGUGGGAUGGGUGUCUGUACAGAGAGGAGGAUCUGUCACCAUCCCAUGUUUCUAUGAAGACAGAUAUAAAACACAUGUGAAAUACUGGUGCAGAGGGAGUCACUGGAGUUCAUGUACUCCCAUAGUACGCAGUGACUCUCCACAGAAGAAAGAUGAAGUGUCGAUCAGAGAUAAUCCCAAAAAGCAAGUCUUCACUGUGACCAUGAACAAUCUGGCAGCUGGGGACUCUGGUUACUACUGGUGUAGUGUGGAGAUCAGCGGAGGUUCACCUGUGGGAACAUGGGUUUACCUGUCAGUCACUGAGGGUGUGUCCACAGUGAACACAGUGACUGUACAGAGUGGAGGAUCUGUCACCAUCCCAUGUUCCUAUGACAACACAUAUAAACAGCAGGUGAAGUACUGGUGCAAAGGGAGUAACUGGAGUUCAUGUACUCCCAAAGUACGUACUGACUCUCCAAAGAUAAGCAAUGAAAUGUCAAUCAGUGAUAAUCCCACAAAGCAAGUCUUCACUGUGACCAUCAACAAUCUGAAUAUUGGGGACUCUGGUUCCUACUGGUGUGGUGUGGAGAUCAGCGGAGGUUCAGCUGUGGGAACAUGGGUUUACCUGUCAGUCACUGAGGGUAAGAUGUCUGUACUGCAGACUGUAGCCAAUGAGAUGCACAGUAUGUAACAUGACAUUCAGGUAGAAAGGAAGGACAAAGGAGAAAAUAUUUUAGAAAAUAUUCCAUUUCAAUAUUUUAAAACUUCAUUGGGAACUUCCAGGUUGAGCAUGAAGUGAGCUGGCAUAGUUUUUAAUGGUUUGCUUGACCUUUGUUAUCUUUGGCCUGGAAAUACCCUAAAGGUGGAACAGAUGAACACAGAAAUUUCAAGGAAGGGAGUCGUCCUCAAUUUGAUUGGUAUCCAUUGAAGUUUUACUUGUAUGAGGAAUCAUAUAAGUUUUUCAUUAUGUAAUAACUACGAUUUACAUCAAUUGGGGAAGAAAAAACAG